AUUUUAAUGUCUUUUAGGUCCAACAGCUCAACGCCAGGUUCAGAAUGGACCUUCUCCAGAUGAUAUGGAAAUUCAGAGAAGGCAAGCAAUGGAGCAGCAGCAGCAACAGCGCCAGGAGACUUUGGAAAGGAGAACCUCUACCACAGGGUUUCUCUCGGUCCUCUCAACACUUGCCUUAUUAUCCGCACCAACUCUAUCCGUCCAUGUCACAUUUUGUUCCGUUGCCUCCUCAUUAUGCCGAUGUAUCUGAGGUGAAUUUGUCCAAGAGGAUCCCUCCUUACAUGACUUCAUCAACCAUUUCCCACUUCAGUCCUGUCCUUCCACCAGGUCAUCCCUGCGCCGGUGUUGGAAUACCCGCUUCAUCUGGAGGACCUCCUCCUCCCCCUCCCCCACCUCCUCCACCUACAGGAACUGCACCACCGCCUCCACCUCCACUGCCAGCAGGUAGUGGAGGAACAAUCAUUGACGAUGGAUCAGUUUCAGGAUUUGCAGCAGCUCUGGCUGGUGCCAAACUAAGAAGAGUACAACGGCCAGAAGAUGGAUCAGGAGGGUCCAGUCCCAGUGGAGCUUCUAAAACUGAUGCUAACCGAACAAGUAGCGGAGGAGGAGGUCUAAUGGAAGAAAUGAAUAAACUCUUGGCAAAAAGGAGGAAAGCAGCAUCACAGUCAGACAAGCCAGCUGACAAAAAAGAAGAGGAAAGCCAAAAUGAAGAUGCUAGCACGUCCCCCUCACCCGUUACACGAGGCCCUGUUCAGCAGCAGAAUUCUUCAGACACUGGGAAAAAGCCUUGGGAACGAAGCAACUCUGUGGAAAAACCAGUCACUUCAUUACUCUCAAGAAACGCAUCCGUGGGGAGAAGUCCCGAACUUAAGAGCCCCAUAGACUUUCAACCAUGCAUUAGGAUGAAGCCAGCCAGCAGCAGCAACGAUGUGGCAAUGGACACCUUAGAUUUUGAUCGCAUGAAACAAGAAAUAUUGGAGGAAGUUGUAAAAGAGUUGCACAAAGUAAAAGAAGAGAUAAUUGAUGCUAUCAGGCAGGAGUUGAGUAGAAUCAGCACAACAUAAUGGCUGCAAAACCAUCUGGAAGUCACACAGGAUAUGAAAGACAGCCGAAUGAUUUCUAAAUGUACCAAGAUCAUGUGAGAUGGUGAAAGAGGACACCUGGAUCUGUUUUUUGUUUUGUUCUUAAAUCCUUUUUAUUAGCAGACGAAGCAGACUUUGAAGCUUGCUGCUGCCUUGGGAUUUGCUUCAUUACAGAAAAAAAAAGAAGUCUUAAAAUCUUAAAAAAGAAAAUAUUAAAGUUUAAACUUUUGGAUUUUUUAAAUUUCAUCUGACAAUGCACAUCAGAUUUGGUCAGCCUUUUUUGUAUUUUGUAUUUGCUUAUUUAAAUGUAUGACAUUUUUCUUUUUAGUAUAUAGUAGGUAAGGAAAUACGUGAACCAUUUGCUUUUACUAGAUGACUUCGAAGUAACUUUACUGGUAGUCUGCAUUGUAAAUGGAGACUUUUUUGCCAACAGAAAUCUUACUUGUGACAUCCCCAUUGGAGGCCGAAAGAUGCCAGCCAUCAGCCAGCAAGUCACUGCUCUCAAAGCUAUCACAAUAUUAAAGCGGUACAUCAGUGCAUCACAGUAUCUGUGCUCAUAUUGGUAAUAAACUGUUCAUUGUCCAUGAGA